UCACUUCGAGAGAGAGAGAGAGAUGUGUGCUUCUCAUCUUCCUUCACCUGCUUCCACAAGUUCUCUUCUAUUGACAUUGAGCACAUUCUGGUUCUCGGCGCUGCUCGUACAGGCCAGCAUUACAAGGCACUACAAAUUCGAUAUCAGGCUACAAAAUGUAACAAGAUUGUGCCAAACCAAGAGCAUUGCAACUGUCAACGGACAGUUCCCAGGGCCAAGGAUCGUGGCAAGGGAAGGAGAUCGGGUGGUUGUUAAGGUGAUUAACCAUGUUCAGCACAACGUAACCCUGCACUGGCAUGGAAUUCGACAGCUUCAAAGCGGAUGGGCAGACGGACCGGCAUAUGUGACCCAAUGUCCUAUACAAACUGGGCAGGCCUAUGUAUACAACUUCACCAUUUCUGGGCAGACAGGGACGUUAUUCUGGCACGCCCACAUCUCCUGGCUAAGGGCCACUCUUUAUGGACCCAUCAUCAUCCUUCCCAAGCCCAAUGCCUCUUACCCGUUCCCCAAGCCCUACAAGGAAGUCACCAUGAUCUUCGGAGAAUGGUGGAACGCCGACCCUGAGGCUGUGAUAACACAAGCUUUGCAAACUGGAGGCGGUCCCAAUGUCUCCGAUGCUUACACCAUCAAUGGACUCCCCGGGCCCUUUUACAACUGCUCUGCUAGAGAUACGUUCAAGUUGAAGGUAAAGCCAGGCGGGAAGAUUUACCUCCUCCGUUUGAUCAAUGCCGCACUUAAUGACGAGCUCUUCUUCAGCAUCGCCAACCAUUCUCUUACCGUCGUUGAGGCCGACGCCGUCUAUGUGAAGCCCUUUGACACAGACAAUCUUGUCAUCACCCCUGGCCAGACCACUAACGUCCUUGUCAAAACCAAACCACACUUCCCCAGUGCUACUUUCCUUAUGGCUGCCAGGCCAUACUUCAGUGGCCUUGGCACCUUCGACAACUCCACCACCGCAGGAAUCCUUGAAUACCAGAAACCAUCUUAUAAUUCAUCCGUUUCCAUUAACAACAAACAGCUCCCCCUCUUCCAACCAACCCUUCCUGCCAUCACAGACACUUCUGUGGUUUCCAAUUUCACUAAUAGAUUCCGCAGCUUGGCCACUGCUCAAUUCCCUGCUAACGUACCCCAGAGUGUUGAUAAGCGCUUCUUCUUCACAGUGGGAAUCGGGUCAAUUCCAUGUCCUCAGAAUCAGACCUGCCAAGGUCCCAAUGGGAUCAAGUUAGCAGGUUACGUUAACAAUAUCUCAUUUGUACUUCCCACCACAGCUAUCCUUGAAGCCCAUUUCCUUGGGCAAUCAAAGGGUGUGUACACCACAGAUUUCCCCACAAAUCCGCCUUUCCCCUUCAACUACACAGGCACCCCACCAAACAACACAAUGGUGACCACCGGUACCAAGGCUGCGGUGUUGCCCUUCAACACCAGCGUGGAGCUAGUGAUGCAGGGCACCAGCACUCUGGGUACCGAGAACCACCCUCUCCACCUACAUGGCUUCAACUUCUUUGUCGUCGGCCAAGGCUUCGGCAACUUCGAUCCUAAUAAAGACCCACCCAAUUUCAAUCUCGUUGAUCCUAUCGAAAGGAACACCGUUGGCGUGCCAGCUGGGGGUUGGAUCGCCAUUCGCUUCUUGGCAGACAAUCCAGGGGCUUGGUUUAUGCACUGCCACUUCGAAGCACACACCAGCUGGGGCUUGAGGAUGGUCUGGAUAGUGUUAGAUGGCAAGCUUCCCAAUAAAAAGUUGCCACCUCCACCGUCGGAUCUUCCAAAGUGUUGAUUAUUUUUCCAGUGUUACGUUGUCAGGCUUCUUUUUCUCCUUGGUUUUUUUUUCUUUAUCAAAUAUAUAAUUUAUGAUAUUCUUUGCUUUGUGGCUGAUGGGGAUUGGAGAGGCUCUCUCAAGAGUCAAGACCCACCACACAAUAACCAAUGUUUUGCUUUGGGCUAUAGAGAGCAGCAGCUUUGGAGUCUA